AUGGCGCUUCCAGCCACUACCCGAGCAGCAGUUGCGCUGUCAAUAUUCGUCCUUCCCAUCCUCACAUAUCUCUAUUUCACAAACCAGAAGCCAAAAAAUACCGCUGGACCUCUGCCACCACCGACGGAGAUUACUGCUCUCUUUAUUCAUCCAAUCAAAUCAUGUCACGGAAUCUCAGUAAAUUCAGCAAAACUGCUACCCACAGGCCUCGAUUUCGAUCGCCAGUGGAUGUGGGUGAGCUACCCUGACUAUGAGUUCCUCACCAUCCGUCAAGACUCAAAAAUGACGCUAAUCCGAACUGCCUACGAUGAAAAAACGGAUAUUCUUACUGUCACGGCACCUGCACCAAACUCGAUUGACGAGAAACUCGAAUUCUCCAUUCCAGCCCAUCCGUCCAAGGAAUGGCUCGACGAGAACACCGAAGAGCAUCCGGCCAAGAUUUGGAGCACCACAACUGGAACCCACGUAUACUCUACUAAGCUGACCGCCCCAUUCAACGACUUCUUCGGCAAGGAAGUGCGGCUGGUAUACAAACCACCCGUGUCUGAUGAUCCCCGACCACUCGUCUCAAACGGCGCACCAAACGUACUAGGAAGAGCCGCGUCGACCUGUUUUCCAGAUCUGAUGCCCAUUCUCAUCGGCAACAAAAGCAGUAUCGACGAGCUCAACACGCGUCUCAAAGCAGCCGACGACCUGACCAUUGAUGUGCGUCGUUUCCGGCCUAAUAUUCUCGUCAAAGGCGAUGCCAAUGCACCGUGGGACGAAGAUCGCUGGAAGACGAUCCGAAUUACCCCGAAGGCUGGCGAUACGCCCAUUGUCUUGGACAUUACUCAGCGAUGUGCACGCUGUCAGGUGCCGAAUGUGGACCCUGACACGGCGGAGAAGCACAAGACGCAGCCCUGGGACGUGCUGAUGAAGUACCGGAGGAUUGACGAGGGCAUCAGGUUUAAACCAUGCUAUGGCAUGUUGGCUGUGCCCAAGACGGUCGGCGAUGUACGCGUGGGCAUGAAGUUUGAGGUGACGGAAGUGACCGAUAAGCAUCGAUACAUUUCUGGGUUCUAA